CGAAAGUAUCAAACUUAAAUUCAUUUGAAAUGUAGAGCUAAGAGCAACUAUUAUACUGAGCAAAAAUACACAACUGGAGUCCCCCUGUUGCUCUGUCUUUGUAAAUAAAUAGGCAAACAAAACAAAACAACUUCCCAUUUUCGACUUACGUGUUAUCGGCACCGCGACUGUUUUUUAUACUUCAUACGUGUCUUUUAUCAAACUUUUAUAUAUCUAAACUUUUAAUUGACAAUGUUACCGAUAUCGUCAGAUGGAAAUGUUGCCAGGAAAGUCGCAUUAAUUACUGGAAUUACAGGACAAGAUGGAUCAUAUCUUGCUGAAUUCUUACUUCUAAAAGGCUAUGAAGUUCAUGGAAUCAUAAGGAGAAGUUCCAGUUUCAAUACACACAGAAUAGAACAUUUAUAUCAAAAUCCAUAUUCACAUACAGAAGGUGCAUCCUUUAAACUUCAUUAUGGUGAUAUGACUGACAGCUCAUGCUUAGUUAAGAUUAUUGUUCAAGUUAAGCCAACGGAAAUUUAUAAUCUUGCUGCACAAUCUCAUGUCAAAAUCUCAUUUGACUUAAGUGAAUAUACAGCUGAAGUGGACGGUGUAGGAACUUUACGUUUACUGGAUGCUAUUAGAACUUGUGGAUUAGAUCAACAAGUUAGAUUCUAUCAAGCAUCAACAUCAGAAUUGUAUGGAAAAGUUGUGGAAACUCCUCAAACUGAAAAGACACCAUUUUAUCCAAGAAGUCCAUAUGCAGUUGCUAAAUUGUAUGGCUACUGGAUCAUUAUUAAUUACCGUGAAGCCUACGGUAUGUAUGCAUGUAAUGGUAUUUUAUUUAAUCAUGAAUCACCAAGAAGAGGUGAGAAUUUCGUGACACGAAAAAUCACCAGAUCAGUCGCUAAAAUUUCAUUAAAUCAACAAGAGUUCUUGGAACUUGGUAAUCUUGAUUCAAAACGUGAUUGGGGUCAUGCUAAGGACUACGUAGAAGCUAUGUGGAUGAUGUUACAGCAGGAUAAACCAGAAGACUUUGUAAUUGCUACAGGAGAGACUCGCAGUGUUCGAGAGUUUGUCGAAGCUUCAUUUAGACAUAUUGGAAAGGAAAUUGAAUGGCGUGGUAGUGGAGUCGAUGAAGUUGGUGUCGAAAAAGGAACUGAUAUCGUUCGUGUCAAAGUCAAUCCAAAGUAUUUUAGGCCAACAGAAGUUGAUUUGUUGCUUGGUGACUCUACAAAAGCUAGAACAUUGCUUGGAUGGACACCAAAAUGUGGUUUCGCUGAACUAGUCAAAGACAUGAUGGACUCAGAUAUUGCAUUAAUGAAGAAGAAUCCAUUAGCAUAAUUUUCUGUUACUAUAGCCGCGGCACAUCAUUCCAGAAUUUACCGUUAUGAUAGCGGUUCAUUUUCCUGUUUUGAUUUUAUUCGCAGAAAUUUACAUUUUAUUUUAUUAUUAUUUUUUUUUGUACUAAUCACAAAAAAUAAUACUUUAGCUUUAUGAGACUACGAAAUGAGUAUAUGAUUUCUGAAAUCACGUUGUGUCGCAAAAAUUUUUAUGUAAGGUAUUUUUUAUUCAGAUUUUUACUAUGACUUCUAUUUACAUUUAUUAUAAACUUACUUAUCGUGUAAAAUAAUAAAAUAUUGCCCAAAUCAAGAUUUAAAUGUG